CUACGAACGAACAUUAUCAUCAACUACCAGCCAAACCACCAAAAUGGCCCACAACACCAACCCCGGCAACUUCUCCAACCGCCCCCACGAGGAAGUGCAAAACAUCGCCCGCAAGGGCGGCCAAUCCAGCCACUCGGGCGGUUUCGCCAGCAUGGACGAGGUUAAGCAGCGCAACAUUGCCUCGAUGGGCGGCCACGCCUCCAGCGGCAGCUUCCAACCGGGCGACCCGCGCGCCCGCGAGGCCGGCCACAAGGGCGGGCAGCACUCCGGCGGCAGCUUCGAGCCCGGCGACCCCCGUGCCCGCGAGGCCGGGCGGAUGGGCGGCUCGCGCACCGCCGACACCCCCGAGGAGUAAGAGGCUCCAAACCACCUACAUGCAAUCUUGUAUAUGCAUGAGCGACUAGGUGCGGAAUUUAUGACGUGAUGCUACGAUUGCGAUGUGAAAUGAUGUGAAUGGAUUGUCCUGUCAUGCGGAACAGAAACCAAGGGAACGGGGAACUGUACAUUACGUUUUUGAGGAGAAUGUGUUGGCUAAUGGUGGUGGAUAUGUAUACUACG